AUGGCACCGCCAUUUGAGUUGCAGCAUCGCUACAUGGCAGAUGCAGACCCUGAGAGGAGAGAAGAGUACACUAUAUGGCCAAAAGCAUGUGGACACCCCUCAGAAUUAACAAGUUCAGGUGUUCCAGCCACACCAAUUUUUAACAGCACAAGAACUGUGCGUCGGGAGCUUCAUGAAAUGAGUUUCCAUGGCCAGGCAGCUGCACACAAGCCCAACAUCACCAUCUGCAAUGCCAAGCGAUGGCUGGAGUGGUGCAAAGCAAGCAGCCAUUGGACUCUGGAGCAGUGGAAACGCAUUCUCUGGAGUUAUGAAUCACACUUCACUAUCGCGCAAUCUGUGUUGGGCGGAUCGCUGCCUGACAAGUAUGACAAGUGCCUACUGAUGAAGGGUGCGAAAAGCGCUCACCUUUCUCUGCUCCUCAUUUUGCCGCUCGUCUCUCUGGGGAGAUGUGACUAUGCUCCUUAUUUUUAUGAUAACGGGUCAGGGAGCACCAAUGGGAACAUGGCACUGUUCAGCGUGUCUGAAGACACACCCGUGGGUUCACAUGUCUACACUCUAAAUGGCACUGAUCCAGAGGGAGAUCCCGUGCGGUACGACCUGAGCUUUGAAACUGGGUCCAAAGAGUAUCUAAAAGUUGAUCCCAAAUCAGGAAAGGUCAUUCUAGUUGAAGAACUUGACCGAGAGGUCCAAGAUGAAAUAGCCGCACUUGUUAGCAUAACAGAUGGGAGAAACAAGGUGGUUGAAAAAGUGCGAGUUUUUGUCACUGAUGCUAAUGAUGAGCGCCCAGAAUUUCUAAAUUUGCCAUUCGUUGUGGAUGUUUCGGAGGACGCUGCUGAGGGAAGCAGUAUUUUUCGAGUGCAGGCACUCGACAGGGACCUUGGAUCCGGUGGUAGCGUCACCUACUUCCUGCAGAGCACUCCGUCGACCAAGUUUACUAUCGAUGGGCACAGUGGGGUUCUUCGUAUCAAACCUGGUGAAGCGCUUGACUACGAGACCUGCAGGACUCAUUUUGUCACUGUGGUUGCUAAGGAUGGAGGGGGUAAAUAUAAUGGCAAGUACCAAGUGAUGACCUCAACGGCCACCAUAACUGUUAAUGUGAUCGAUGCCCAGGAUUCACCCCCUGCAUUCAUUGGAACCCCGUACUUUGGAUAUGUCUAUGAAGUCUCUGUCCCAGGGUCUGAGAUUUUCACUGUCUCUGCCAAAGAUGGCGAUGAAGGAAACCCCAAUCCUGUCCAAUAUUCCAUUGUUAACGGAGGUGACAGCUUCUUCAGAAUAAACAGCUCGACUGGCGUCAUCACUCUGACGACACACCCCAUGCAGUUGAGGAAUGAACUUUAUGAGCUUAAAGUCAAGGCUUCAGAAGUUGACAAAGAUGAGCAGUUGCUUGAUUAUGCCAUCACCAUGGUGACCAUCCGUGUGGUGGAUCUGAACAACCACCCACCCACGUUUUACGGGGAGAACGGUCCCCAGAACAUGUUUGAGGUCACGAUGUAUGAGCACCCCCCAGAGGGAGAGAUACUACGAGGAUUAAAGAUCACCGUGAAUGACUCUGAUCAGGGGGCUAAUGCUAAGUUUAAGUUGCGGUUGGUGGGGCCCGGGCGUAUUCUCAGGGUCGUCCCACAGACCGUGCUCAACGAAGCUCAAGUCACCAUUAUUGUCGAAAACUCUGCUGCCAUUGACUAUGAGAAAUACCAGUUCCUAACAUUUAAGCUCAUGGCGGUCGAGAUUGACACACCGGAACGGUUCAGCGCUACUGCGGACAUCGUUAUUCAUCUUCUGGAUACGAAUGAUAAUAGUCCCAAGUUCUCCUCCGAAUACUACAUUGCCAGGAUCCCAGAAAACUCACCCGGGGGCUCCAACGUGGUCUCCGUCACAGCAACAGACCCAGACUCAGGACUAUGGGGACAAGUGAAAUAUUCCAUAUAUGGAAGAGGCGCUGAUCUGUUUCUCAUUCACCCAACGUCUGGCAUCAUAUACACUCAACCAUGGGCCACUCUGGAUGCAGAAAUGAGGUCUAAAUACAACUUCUAUGUGAAGGCCGAAGACACGGAGGGGAAAUAUAGUCUGGCAGAGGUUUUUGUCACGGUUCUAGACCUCAAUGAUCACCCUCCGAAUUUCAACGAGAACAUCCUGGAGAAGACCAUGGUCAUCGGAGCUCCUGUGAAAAUAGAGGCAGUGGAUGACGAUGCAGAGGAACCCAAUAAUGUGAUCGAAUACUCCAUCAUGAAAGCCGACCCGGACAACAUCUUCGACAUCAACAACGCCACAGGCGAGAUUAAACUCAAACCCUACAUCAGAUCCAUGGAGAUUGUCCAGAAUAUCACCAAGCAGAAGGACUGUAAGUGGUCCGUGGUAGUCCAGGCCAGAGACAGAGGCUCUCCAUCCUUCUCUACUACAGCAGUAGUAAAGAUUGACAUCACUGAAGCAACUCCACUCAAGGGCCCCAUGGCGGCCUUUUUAAUGCAAAGUAGGGACAACCCAAUGAAAGCCCUUGGCAUGGUGGCUGGUGUUAUUAGCGUUAUGGUAAUGGUGACAGUCUUGAUCUCCACGGCUACGUACUUGCGAAACACAAAGUCAAACAAGAUCGGGCCGACACGUCGAAUCAUCCGCCGGAGACCCAGGGACCAGCGCCAGUGGAACUUCAAAAACCCAUUCAGCAGCUCCGAUGACAUCGAGAGCAAUGGGGGUUACCACAACAAGAACAACAACAGCACCAGGCCCAAGCCGCCACCGCCGAGUGCCCCAGUCCUGCCCCCUCCACCACCAGAUGACCCCAAGGCUGGUGAGAAGCACAGAGCAGUGCCCACCGUGUCUGGGACCUUGGAUUCCAAAGGCUCCAGGAGGUCGAGUCGUAACAGGGAAAACACCAUUAGCUCUGCCCUUGUAUCCGAGCUAAAGAUGAAGCUAGAGCAGAAGAUCAUUGAGGCAAAUCAGGGUUAUUAUUAUUGA